AUGCCAGCGGCAUGCUCAGAUGUUUCACUAGCCAGGCGAAGAGUUGCAUCCGGCGGUGUCCUCUUAGCUAUUGAUAAAGUGUGGAAUGGAUAUAUUCAGACCAUUACUGACCGAUCGGGGACAAGUAUGCUUGGUGCUGUUGAUGAUCGACUAUUUUCCCAAGGAAUAGCCUUUGAUAACGGCCUACCGUUUAUCGGGUUUAAGGUCACUAAAUUUCUCGUGGACUUAAAUAUCAAGCGCAUCACCUCAUCCCCCUAUUACCCUAGUGCUAAUAGUCAGGCGGAGUCAACCAACAAAACUAUUAUCCAAAAUUUGAAGAUGAAAUUGGAAGACGCCAAAUGCGUAUGGCCGUCUAAAUUGCUUGAGGUACUUUGGGCCUACAGAACCACGGCAAAAUAUAGUACGAAGAAAACUCCUUUCUCCCUCGUAUAUGGGGUAGAGGUGUUAAUUCCGGUUAAAUUUGGUAUCCCAAGUUCAAGGUAUAUUCGAGCUAAAGAACAAUCCAAUAGUGAUGCAAUGUUGGUCAAACUAGAUUUACUUGAGGAACACAUAGAUCUGACAUACAUCCAGAUGAUGGCUCUAAAGCAGCGGAUGGAACGUUAUUACAAUCGUCAUACUAACCUCCUACACUUUAAACUCGGGGAAUUGGUACACCACAAAGUGACACACAAUACUAAAGAUGCUAGUGCUGGAAAGCUUGGGUCGAAUUGGGAAUGCCCUUAUAAAGUUACCGGUGUAGCCGGUAAAGGGUCAUAUCAACUGAAAGAAGAAGAUGGAAAUAAACUACCAAGAAAUUGGAUCCUUAGCUAA